AUGGGUUACCAACAAAUUAUGAGAUUUUCUGAGUUGGUUAACAAGAGUAUGAUCUAUGACAAGGAUAGCCGUGAGAGUGCUGCUCAUUAUAAGUCCUUGCAUGAUAAGAAAGGAAAAGGGCAAUUUCGAGGGAAGCUGUAUGAUGGUAAGAAGAAAGCUGGUGAUGGCAAGAAGCUGAGUGGGGGAGGAUCUCACACUCUUGUCAAGUGCUUCAGAUGUGGUGUUGAGGGACAUCGUGAUCCCGAGUGUCCUAAGGGAGAUGUGACUUGUUUCAAGUGUGGCAAGCAAGGUCACAAAUCUUUUGAUUGCAGAGUUGGUUCGAAUGUGGCUUGCUACAACUCUGGUGAGCAAGGGCACAUUCGUACCAAGUGCAACAAGCCGAAGAAGGAGAAAGCCAAAGGGAAAGUGUUUGCAUUGUCCGGUGUUGAUACUUCUGCUGAGGAGAGAUUGAUUCGAGAUUUUGAAGUUGAUUUAGUGUGUCUUCCAUUGAGUCAACUUGAUGUUAUUUUGGGAAUGGACUGGUUGAGGGCCAACCAUGUCUAUAUCAAUUAUUUUGCAAAAACUUUUCUUUUUCUUGAGCCAGAGAAGGAAGGUGGUUUAUUCUUGUCUACUCAACAAGUGAAUGAGUCUGUGCAAGAUGGUGCUAAAGUGUUUAUAAUGGUGGCAAGUUUGAAGCUUAGUGAAAAUGGAACAAUGGGCAAAUUUCCAAUUGUUCGUGAUUUUCCUGAAGUGUUUCCUUAUGAGGUUAGUGAUUUUCCGCCUGAAUGUGAAGUUGAGUUCACGAUUGAUUUGAUUACUGGUACUAGUCUGGUAUCGAUGGCUCCAUAUCGGAUGUCACCACUUGAGUUGAAAGAGUUGAAGAGUCAACUAGAGGAUUUUCUUAAUAAGAGUAAGAUUGAUUUGAGGUCUAGGUAUCAUCAGAUCUAUGUGAAAGCUGAAGAUAUUCGAAAGACUGCUUUUAGAACAAGGUAUGAACAUUAUGAGUAUUCGGAUCAUGCUGAGCAUUUGAGGAUUGUUUUAUCUGUAUUGAAAGAGAAGCAGUUGUUUGCUAAACUUUCGAAGUGCGAGUUUUGGUUGAAGGAGGUGAUUUUCCUUGACCAUGUGAUCUCUAGUGGUGGUAUUUUGGUUGAUCCUUCCAAGAUUGAGGCUAUAUCUCAAUGGGAAACGCUGAAAUCUGUGUCUGAGAUUCGUAGUUUUCUUGGUUUGUUGAAUAGGAGAUUGACUAUUACUCCUGUUUUGAUUUUACCGAAUCCAUCAGAACCAUUUGUUGUGUUGGCGAAAUCUGCUCACUUUAUUCUGAUUAGAAUGGAUUAUCAUAUGGAGAGGCUUGCAAAGCUGUAUAUUGACAAAAUUGUCAAUUUGCAUGGUAUUCUAUCUAGCAUUGUGUCAGAUAGGGAUACGAGCAAAGAUGAAGGUUUCUCAGAGUCGUCGGAAAGUUACCAUGACAAGAGAAGGAAAGCUCUUGAGUUUGAGGUAGAUAAUCAUGUAUUUUUAAGAGUUACUCUGGUAACGGGUGUUGGUAGAGCAUUGAAGUCGCGUAAGUUGACGCCACAUUUUAUUGGUCCGUAUCAGAUUUCCGAGAAAAGAUACAUUGCGGAUCCUUCGCAUGUUGUCCAAUUAGAUGAUGUUGAGGUUAGAGGUAAUUUAACCAAGGAGACAUUACCUAUGCAGAUAAAAUAUAAAGAGGUGAAACAACUCCAUGGUAAAGAGAUCGCUUUGGUGAAAUUCGUUUGGGGAGGACCGGCUGGUGGAAAUGUGACGUGGGAGCUUCAGAGUCAGAUGAGGGAUUCAUAUUCCGAGUUGUUUGCUUGA